CUGCGACUUCCACUUCACCUUCGCAUCGCAAAGUCUGGACAUUUCACCACCACCACAUCUCGACUCACCAUAGCCGACAAAAAACAUGGCAGAACAAGCACCUCCUCAAGGCCCGCCAGCCGAACAACAAGGCGAGCCACAAAUCAAUUUCCAGGCCCCGCCAGGACAACCACAGCCAACACCAGAACAAAUCGAGAUCAUGAAGAAGCAGCUGGCUGCUGAAGCCGCAAAGCAAGGAUUGACUGUUCCGCAGUUCAUUCAGAAGAUGCAGGAAGCGCAGAGACAGCAACAGGAAGCUCAGGCGCAACAGGCUCAAGCACAGCAACAACAGCAGCAACCUAUCCAGCCUGGUCCUCCGAAGCCAGAGGCACUUGCAGUCGCAAAUUUCUUGAAAGGGCAGGACUUGAAACCAAGGACAUGUAUUCUCAAUGGACAGCGAAAGGAUAUGUUCAAGGUCAAACGCGCACUCCGAGCCCUUGAAUCUCCAGCCUACGCCAAAGCUCGCUCCAAGAACCCUCUCCUACCAGAGAUCACCGACCGCGCCUCCCUCGAAAACACCUUCAAGCUCCUCCCCAUGUCCCUCCUCGCUCUCCGCGUCUCCAAGGCCGAUCCCCACGAAGGCCACAACCAUGCCCCAGGCGCACACAAGACAAAGCGAGUCAAAGGCCUCUGGACCGUCAAGAUCGAGCAACAGCAGGAAUGCCGCGAGGAUCUCCAUUUCGUCUGGUUCUAUGAGGGCGCUCAGGUUAAGCAGAAACUGUACGCUCUUGGUGCUCUGGCCUUGGUUUUCACGGUUGUCAUGUUCCCGCUCUGGCCAAUGAAGCUUCGUCUCGGUGUCUGGUAUCUCAGUAUGGGCAUGCUCGGCCUCAUCGGACUGUUCUUUGUAAUGGCCAUCUUCCGACUCAUUCUCUUCGCAAUCACCAUGUUCGCUGUCCCGCCCGGACUGUGGCUGUACCCGAAUCUGUUUGAGGAUGUUGGAUUCUUUGAUAGUUUUAGACCGCUUUGGGGUUGGCAAGAGGAGAAGAAGAAAGGCAAGAAGAAGUCCAAGCAAUCCGGUUCCGCAAACGCAGGCGCUACAAUGGCUGCCAUGACAGGACAACCCGCCCCCGCCACAGCUACAACUUCCUCCGCCGCUCCUCAAAUCCAGACUUCCUCGAAUACCACGCAACGACACAUGGCGCCUCGAGUCGAGGAGGUGUUUGACGAGGAUUAGAUUCCUACCCAGGUCUCUGUGGUUGCGACGGUGUGGUGGACUAUAACAGGAAUGGCAUUGGAAGUGUUGGAUGGGAUUGGGAAUGGUAUGUCGAGUACCUCCCGGGAAAUAGGAACAUAUGUAAAACUAGCUUUUGGCGUUUGCAUGUUCUUCUUCUCGAGCGAAGUUAAUUAGUGCCUGCAAUAUGCAUAAACUUUGGAACCUUCGUCAUCUCACCUGUUCUGCGUCGAGAUAACCGAGGUAAUCAAUCUUGCUCUUUCCUGGCUUGCCGAAGAGUUAAAAACCAACUUUAAGUCUAAGCAGAGAAGAGUGUCCUGUGUGCUGGUGCUUGCAUUAUGUACAUCAUAUCAUAUCAAGUCAAUACGUAGGUUUCGACACCUCACGAUUUUUUUAUUUUAUUCUAAUGUCUGUGAGAUUUGCGUCGGAUAUUAAAAUAUAACUUAAUUUCCUGACUGGUCUACUUGUACUUCCAGAUUCAGGUACCACCUACUCUACCUUUACCUCUACCUAUCCUACAUGAAAAGCAAGAGGACUUCGUCAUGAUGAUUUCAUCUUGUCCUAUUUAAGUAACAAAACACCAUCUUCUCAUUGCCACUGUCUCUAUCCCCUUCUUGCAGGAACUGAAAAAAAAAAAGCUAGAGCGUGAGACUUCUGCUUACAUUCAGUAACAUAUCUUGGGUACCGGCACACCUACAUUUAUUGUUCUUCUAACUUCCCAUCCCUUAACCGCUUCAUUCCCAGCUAAAUACCACAAACAUUGUACAUACUCCGUGGAUCAAACAACUUGAAAAUCAAACCUUCUGAGCUGUAGCGAUCCUCAUAAUCCACUAACUCAACUUUUUUUUAACUUUG